CAAGAACAUCAUGUGGGGCGUCUCAUGCGAACUCCAUCGCGAAGAAACCACGACGCGAUCGACACACUGCCCCCAGACCGGACCAAGCGCCGAACACGGCCAUCGUCGGAAAAUACAAGUAUUUGCCUGGCUUCAGCAACCGCCUCUUGAACGAGCCACGUUGUAGCUGCCGAAUUGACCCGCCACGAUGCAGCCGCAGUACCGUGGCUACACACCACAACAUGUCCCGCCGAGGGCAGCGGGACAACAUGUCCCACAACGCCGUGGCGGCAUCGGUCCCAUGAUGUCAGCAUCAGCCGGCCCUCACCAUUCGAUGCCCAUCACGCAGGCGCAGAUCAACCAGCAGCAUCACCAGCAGCAGCAGGCGAAUCACCUUGCAAAGCUGAGGAGUCGAAAGCCGACCGACAAGUCACUGCCCGAUGGCGUCGAGGAGACUCUGGUUGGGAGCGAUGUCGCCGCCGCUUACAAGAACCUUCGCGACUUGGAGCGGCGGCUGGAUGCCACCAUGACGCGGAAACGGCUGGACAUUGUCGACUCGCUGAGCCGCAAUGCUAAGCGCUACAAGACCUUGCGCAUAUGGAUCAGUAACACCGUGGAGGACCAGUUCUGGCAGAACAGCAGCCUCAAUGUUGACACGUUCGACUUCACCUCCAGCCUUGAAUCCUCAUAUCGUGUGAAGAUAGAAGGCCGACUGCUUGACGACGAAUAUGACCUGGAAGCGGACGAGGAGGCCAGCAAGGCCGGGGAGAACGCGGGAGACGACGACAAGAUGGAGACAGAUACGCCCAGCAAGAACAAGACCAAGUCUGCGCCCGCCAAGCGGUCCCGCCUGUCCCAUUUCUUCAAGGCACUCACGGUCGAUUUUGAGCGCCCAAGAUCUGGUCGCCCAGGCUCGGAGACCAGCGUUGAGUGGAAGAAACCCGACAGGACCCCGGCCGGGGCAGCCAAUUUGCCCGCCAUGGCCGACUUCGACGAGUUCACAUUCAAGAGAAACGGGGACGAAAACAUGAAUAUUACCAUCAGCCUAUUCAGACACGAAGAUCCAGAGCGCUUUGAGCUCAGCCCGGAGCUCGCCGAAAUCAUCGACAUGCGCGAGGCGACGCGCCAGGAAGCAGUCAUGGCUCUGUGGGACUACAUUAAGCUGAUGAACCUGCAAGAGGACGAAGAAAAGCGCAACUUCAGAUGCGACGACCUACUACGAAAGAUAGUACCGCGCGACCGCGAAACCGGCUACAUUCCCCAUCUCAACGACUACCUGACCCCUCACCUCCGGCCCCUGCCACCCAUCAAACUGCCAUACACGAUCCGCGUCGACGAAGAGUUCCACAAGGAUCCCAAACCUACCAUCUACGACGUCCGCGUCGCAGUCGACGACCCCCUUCGCGCCAAGCUGCUCCCCUUCAUCCAGAACCCGCAGUACGCGGCGAUGCUCAAGGAGGUCGCCGUCCUCGACGAGCAGCUGGCCACGCUGGUGCAGGCGGUCGCGCACUCCAAGGCGAAGCACACCUUCCUCGCGUCCAUGGCGCAGGACCCCGUCAGCUUCGUCAAGGCCUGGCUGAGCUCGCAGAAGAGGGACGUGGAGGUGAUGAUGGGCGAGGCGACGCGCGGCGGCGGGGAGGAUGCCACGGGCGACGAGUGGAGGCGCGGCGGUCGGGAUAGUGUCUGGGCCACGCCCAACGCGAGGGAGAGUGUGAAUGUCUUGCUCUCGAAGCAGCCUAUGAGGGCGUAAGGUUCAAGGGUCUUCUGAUCAGGUUGAUUUGUCGAAGGCGUUUGUUUGGUGGCGGGUCGUCUCUUAUACUGGAAUGUCUUGUGGAGACAAUGUACUUUAGUUAUACGAAGUAAACCUGGGCUCUAUGUUAGAUGGGGGAGUGCAGAGAUAUCAUGGAUCCGCUGCGUGUGCUCGUAAAUUUGCAGUGUGCUAGCAUCUAUCUGUGACAGAACUGACCAGCAUUGAAGUCAUC